AUGACAAGUUAUUGGCGAGUAGCUUGUUGGUUUUCAUUCCUACCCUUCUUAUCUCCAGCAAACUCUAGUUUCACACCAUUGUCACAAACUUCUUCUCACCCUUUCUUGGGCCAACAUUGCAGUAGCAGUGAAAAAACAGCCUUGCUCCAACUCAAAAGGGAUUUAUCUGCAGCCAAACCUGAAUCCUCUAUUCCUCUCCAGCCUUCCUCAGGUUCUUUGCUUACUUCAUGGAAGCCUAACACUGAUUGUUGCUCAUGGGAAAGUGUCAAUUGCCAUGAAGUUACAAAACAUGUGUUUGGCCUUAACCUUAGUGGUCACAACCUUUCUGGUCUUGUUAAUUCAAUCAAGUUUCUUAACCUCCCCUACCUUGAAAGGCUGAAUCUUGUCAACUGCAAUAUUGGAGAAAUCCCGAGUUUCGUGCAGAAACUAGGUGGGUUGGUUGAGCUUGACCUUUCUAUCAACAAAAUCCAUGGCAAAGUGCCUAAAUGGAUUUGGCUGUUAGAAAGUUUAGUUUACUUAAAUCUGUCUAACAAUUUCUUGGAUGGAUUUGAAGCACCACCUUCUGCUCCAUUUUUAAGCUCUUUGACCUCUCUCGAUCUUACCUGCAAUUUAAUAGAAGGAUCGAUUCCAACUCUACCAAUCUCUAUCAGCUUCCUCUCACUUGCAAAGAACAAGCUCACUGGAGAGAUUCCUGUAUCAUUAUGCAGCUUGAGCAACCUGACAAUCUUGGAUGCCUGUUAUAAUUACAUGUCAGGCCAAAUUCCAAAAUGUCUUGAGGUCCUUGGUGAUACCCUCAUCGUACUAAAUCUGCGGAAGAAUAGAUUUUCCGGAUUGAUGCCCUGGAAAUUCACUAAAGAAUGCAGCCUCAAGACACUCAACUUAUAUGCUAAUCAGUUGACAGGGAAAAUUCCAAUGUCUCUGAAGCAUUGUAAACGCCUUCAAGUUUUAGACCUUGGAGAUAACCAGAUUAACGACACGUUUCCUUUCUGGUUAGGGGUGCUUCCCGAUUUGCGUGUUCUUAUCCUACAAUCAAAUAGUUUGCGUUGUCCCAUUGGUGAGCCAUUGGCAUCAAAUGACUUCCCAAUGCUUCAAAUCUUGGAUCUAUCCUCGAAUUAUUUCACAGGAAAUUUGCCAUUGGAUUACUUUGCAAUAUGGAAGUCAAUGAGGAUCAAGUUGAAUGGGUCACUGAUGUAUAUGGGAUCUUACUAUUACAGGGAGUGGAUGUCAAUAACAAGCAAAGGACAAAGAAUGGAUGAUAUAAACAUCUUAACAAUUUUCAAUGUCCUAGACCUGUCAAACAAUCUUUUUGAAGGAGAGAUUCCUGAAGUGAUUGGUGAUCUCAAGUUGCUAGAGGUACUCAAUCUGUCUACAAAUAAUCUGAUAGGUGAGAUCCCACUAUCUUUAUCAAAGUUGACAUUGCUUGAGUCCUUAGACCUCUCAAAAAACAAGCUCAUAGGUGAGAUCCCAAUGAAACUAUUAAGCUUGACAUUUCUAUCGGUUCUCAACCUUUCGUAUAAUAGGUUAGAGGGGAAGAUUCCAAUAGGGAAUCAAUUUUCUACCUUCGCUAAUGAUUCCUACGAGGGAAACAUUGGGUUGUGCGGGUUCCCAUUGUCAAAGAAAUGUGAUGAUGUUGAAGAUCAUCAGUCAUCAGGAGCUCAACGAGAAAGCAUCCUUUCGGAUCCAAUUAGUCCAUUUAGUUGGAAAUUUGCUUUGGUUGGAUAUGGAUGUGGGGCGCCUGUGGGAGUUGCCAUUGGUUACAUCUUGUUUUGGAGGACCAAGAGAUGCACUAAGUGGAUUGAACAAUCAUUCAAGGCAAAGAAACGGCAGAAAAAUGAACAGAAUCGAAGAAGAAGAAGAAAGUUCAAGUAG